AUGCUCAAUGCUCAUAAUGAAACUGGCGUAAUUGAUACAUCAUUGGCGUGCCAACAGUCAUCGUAUGAAGUCCCGUUCACUAGGAUAGAAGCGCUACCACGGUUUCCGCUCUCAUUUGGUGGUAAUGGAUCUCAGGAAAAUUUAAUGAUGUUGUUUGCCUCUUAUCAUGACUUAGCAAAAAUUAUUGCUGAUACGACUUCAUUUGAAUUGGUUGCCCGAUGA